AUGAAUCUUGGUCUGGCACCACGGCGCCACGAAAGCAUGGAGGGAAGAGGUGUUCAACAACGUGCACUGUUGCGUCAUGUCCUUCAAAGACUGCUUACACGCCUGGAACAUGUCCUGCAACAGCCACACCUGGACAUGGACUUCAUGCAGUUUGUAUGUUGUCAGGAGAGAGUUUUUCUCAGUGCCAUAGCAGGUCAAGUCACUAUUCCAGCAGAGGUAAUUGCAGGAAUAGAUGAACUGGACCGUGCGAUCAACACUGAGAUUGAUCAAGAAAAAGUAACAGCAUUGAGUAUGGAGCAAGGUGCAAGAGGGCGCCCAAAGACACUCAUUUCUGACGAGCAAAUAAGCAGCCUGUUGGAGUUGUCGUUCCCUGUACCGACAAUUGCUGAUUUACUUGGGGUGUCCAUCAGAACAGUGCGUCGGCGGAUGGAGGAGUUCAACCUUAGUGUUAGGGCCUCCUACAGCAACCUCUCAAAUGAGCAGCUUGAUGGGAUUGUGUCUGAGAUUAAAACCAGGAUGCCACAUGCAGGAUACCGCAUGAUGAAAGGGGCAUUGGAGGCAGAAGGACACAAAGUGCAGUGGGAUCGUAUCCGAGCAUCACUGCAUAGGGUGGACACCCUUGGUGUGUAUUCCCGCAUGAUAAACCUUGGGUGUGUGGUGAGACGGAGCUACUUUGUUCCGAGCCCAAGGUUUCUCAUGCACAUUGACACCAAUCACAAACUGAUCAGGUACAACAUGGUCAUAUUUGGGGGUAUUGAUGGAUAUUCACGCAAGAUCAUGUACCUGGGGGCUGCCCCCAAUAACCUAGCCUCAACCACCCUGGGCUUCUUCAUGGCAGCAGUGGAGCAGUUUGGCUUUCCAUUAAGGGUACGGGGAGACCAUGGCGUGGAAAACGUUGACGUGGCUUGUUUGAUGUUUUCAGUCCGAGGCACUGGGAAAGGCAGCUUCAUAGCAGGGAAGAGUGUGCACAAUCAGCGAUGUUGA